AUGUCACAACUAGUGAAUAACCCUUUCGAUACCGACCUCGAUGCCUUCCUCAAUUACGACCACAGUGAUCAGACCUCAAUGUCUUCGUCAACAGAUGUGAAGCCAGUCCCGGCACUGCUUCACCAAUCAUCGAAUUUCACCUCGAACAGCGACGCAUUCUCAGCACCAAGUUAUCAGUAUGAUUCACACCGGCAGCAGACAGGUCUCCCUAUGGGAGGAUAUGCAAACACCCUAGCGAUCAACCAGGCAUCAGGUCUGCACUAUCGACCAAGCAAUCACGGCUUCAUCGUUCCUACAGACACCCUAAAUAUCCCUCUUACAAACCUCGACGAGUUCGACUUCAAUCGGCCUCAAGCAUACGACUUCCCCGAGAUGGAUGUCGAGACAGGCUCCCCAGCUGAUGUACCAAGCAUGUUCUAUGGUGCUGAAGGCUCCAAUAGCAUUUCACCAGCCACCCAUAUUCCUCCCAGAAUCUAUCCUGGUAUGCAUACUCAACAAGCCAACCAAGCAAAGAUGCAACAGGCACAGAAAGAACAAGAGCAGAGACAACUGCCACCUGGCCAAAAGCCUUUACCUACAUCCGCACCUAAGUCGCCAGUUGUCAAGGAUCCUCAUCGCGAAGAAACCAUUUCCAGAUUGCUUGAUCGUAUGCGACAGAGCAGCAAUGCAUCCGCAGAUGAUGCAGACUCGCCUUCGACCGGCAGUUCGAAUAUGCCACGUAUCAAGAAGGAUGAAGAUGACAUGGAUGAUGAUGAGAGACUCCUCAAUAGUGAAGAAGGCAAGAAGCUUUCCAGCAAGGAGCGCCGUCAACUUCGAAACAAGGUGUCGGCUCGUGCAUUCAGGUCACGCAGAAAGGAAUACAUUAAUCAGCUUGAGGGCGAACUUGCUGCCAAAGCACAAGAAGCCAACGAACUACGUGUCGAGAACAGACAACUCACGGAAGAGAAUCAACGCCUGACCGACCUUACACGCAUGCUCUUGUCCUCGCAGUCCUUCUCAGGGUUCCUACAAGAGCUAAGCCAAGCUGGUGGUGCUACAAGCAACAACCAGGCCUCGCAGCAACAGCAAUCACAGCCACAACAGCAACCUCUCCAACAAGCCCAACCUCAACGUCAGCCACAACAAACACGUAAAGACAUGCCCACCCACGCGGCUGCUCGACAAAUGCAAAACACACAGAACCACAUGCAAGUUGGCAUGACCCUGAUUCCUGAAGUUCCUAUUGACAUGUCCAUCUUCGACAAUCAUGGUUCGUGGGGUAAUGUCCUUCACUCAAACGACUUCCAGGUCUUCUCUGUGACAGAAAUGCCGGAGCCACCAAAAAUCGAUAUGUCUAGCUUGUCCGGAAAGUCAUCGAUGGUCGACUUUAAGCCCAUCACGUCGGCCAAGAAGGAUCUGCCCGUGCUGUCGUCACUACCACUCCCCUCCUUGCCUGCUAAAGAGAGCUUCCCAACUAUUGCCAGCAGCUCCGAUGAUCUGUAUGCCGAGGUCGACGCCGCUACGAGCUGUAUGUCUGUUCCAACAUUCGAAUUACCAAUGAAAGCCGCCAGCGUUUCCUCCAAAGCCAAGUCGGAAUCGGAGAGCGGGUCAUGGUCAGAGCUGCACAAUCUAUGCAAGGAUCUGGAUGAAAGCUGUGAGAGAUUAUCAACACUAUUGCCUUGA